AAGUCUUUGAAGAAUUCCCAGAAAUUUUAUCUAACCAAGAGAAAUUAAAGUAAUGGCAAACAUGAAGAUGGCGACAUGUUUUGUCAUGGUCCUGAUGGUCAUGUUUUAUGCAGGAGCUAAAGCUCAACCAGGUUGCACUACUGUAUUGAUCAGCAUGUCACCUUGCCUCAAUUUCAUUACGGGAAACUCGUCGACCCCGUCUCAACAAUGCUGCACACAGCUUGCUAGUGUCGUGCGUUCGUCACCCCAAUGCUUGUGUGAUGUCCUUAAUGGUGGUGGUUCGUCGCUGGGGGUCAACGUCAACCGGACUCAAGCUUUGGCCUUACCUGGCGCAUGCAAUGUUCAGACUCCACCCAUCAGUGCCUGUAAUGGUGCUUCUCCAGCACCUGCAGACUCUCCAGUUGGAUCACGACAAUCUGGGAAUACAAUGCCUACAGAAGGUGGAUCAAAAACUGUACCAUCCACAGAGGAAGGAGGAUCAUCACCACCACCAUCAUCAAAUGGAAGCAUGACCACCGCCAAAUUGACACUUUCAUGGCUGUUCUUUCUCAUGGUGGCCAUGUCACAUUGAAUCUUCUAUCCUAUUUGAAAAACAUUUUAUGAUAUUAUUAUGAUUUUGUAACUUAUUUUCCCAUUGGUUGUGAAUACAUUGUGAUAUUUAUAAUUUGGUACCCCAUCCAUAUGGGGUACAUAUGAUUUUGUAUUGCUGAAGAGACUUAUGGCUUCUCUUCCUUUCUCAAUAAAGUUUAUUUAUUAUGAUUUCC